GAAUGAAUAAAUUUGUUAUAUUUCUGAGUGUUCUUUCCAUAUCUCUUUGUCUCCAAGCAUUUGACGAUGAAGCAGAUUUAGUCGAUAAGAAUGAGUUGAAUCGAUUAUUUAAUAUAAACUAUGAUGGAAAAGUGUAAGAUUCUUAAUUAAUAAUUUAGCUAUUCAGGUUACCUUAAGGCAAAUAAUGAUGGAACAGCCUAGUUUCAUUAUAUGUUUUAUCCAGCUCCAGUUGAUGCAUUAAACAAACCUGUAAUUCUUUGGCUGAAUGGUGGUCCAGGAUGUUCUUCAUUACAAGGUGCCUUUAAUGAAAAUGGUCCUUUUGUAUUUGUGGCUGGCACUGCAUAAUUUGAAAUGAAUAAGUAUUCUUGGACAAAUUUUGUAAAAUUCAUUAUCUUAUAAUUAAGGCCAAUAUGCUCUAUAUUGAAUCUCCAAUUACAGUAGGAUUUUCAUAUGGUCCUUAAGGGGAUUAGUCUGACGAAUCUACAGCAAAAUAUAACAUCAAUGCUUUGGUUGACUUUUUUAGUAGAUUUACAGAAUAUAAAAAAUUACCAUUCUUCAUUUCUGGAGAAAGCUAUGCUGGAAUUUACAUUCCAACUCUAGCUAAUGAAAUCAUUGAUUAUAAUGCUGGAUUGGCUGCAGAUAGUCGAAUUAACUUAUAAGGUUUGGCAAUAGGAAAUGGUUGUACAGAUCCAACUGAAUGCACUGAUGACGCCGAUCCAUUCCAAAUACAUGUUUACAAAUUUUACGGAAGACACAAUUUUAUUAGUGAGGAAUUAUAUGAAAAAAUAUUGACAGUCUAAAAUGAAUGUUAUGGAGUCAAAGAUGGAAAGUGUAAGGAAUUGGCUGACAGAGUAGAAGUAGAAGUUAGUGGAAAAGAGGAAGACAAAAUUAAAUUCAAUCCUUAUAAUAUCUAUGGGUAUUGCUUCACCUACACUCCAGAAGGUAGUAAAAUGAGUUAGAAAUUUGGUGGUAUGAGGUCACUAAACGAAGAUUCUGAUAUUCCUCCUUGUGCUGAUGUCCAAGGAUUAUAUCAUCAUUUGAGAUCGACUGAAGUCAGAAAUGUAAUAAACAUAUAUAAACUUUAGCUUCUCAAAAUCAGACAAUAAUCUGCUUAAUGGGCUGUCUGUUCAAGAACUUUGGGCAAUUACCAUGUGAAUCCUCAAGGAUCUUACUAUUUAUAUCAAAAGAUCUUGAAGAAUCAAAUAAGAAUUUUGAAAUUCAGCGGUGAUGUUGAUGCUGUUGUCCCCUUAACAGGAACUAUGUAUUGGGUUGAUAAAUUGUAGAAGGAAUUACGUAUUAUUUUCCUAAUAAAUAUGAAGAUUUGGCUACUUUGAAACCUUGGAGACCUUGGUUUGUUCAUGCUUAAAGAGAAGUUGAUCCAGACCAAAAUGCUGGUUAUGUUAUGGAUAUGGACGGUCUUACAUUGUUGACAAUAAGGAAUGCAGGUCAUAUGGUGCCAUUGGAUAAAAGAGAGGAAUCAGAAAUCUUUAUGUAGAAAUUUAUAAAAGAUGAAUUCUUCCCUUGAGUUUAUAAAUUUGUUAGCUUUGUAUGAGUGUAGAAUUCUAU